AUGUCAUCAUGUAUUUGUGCACUUCGUUGUAUUGUAUGCCUGGUAAAUAUUAUAAUUGGAUUUAUUGCUGGAAUUGUAACAGUGAUUGGUGGAAUAUAUAUUUGGGGCGAAAAAUCUUUGCAUAACAGCCUACAUACAUUUAUCCUAGAUGGAAUCAGUAGUUUAAAAGAUAAGAAAGAAAUUACAAAGUUACUGUUUAAAUUAUUCGAUGAGAUUCAACCAUUUGGAGUGUAUAUUUUUAUUGUUGGCCUAAUUGUCUUCAUAAUUUGCUUAUUCGGUGUAAUUGGAACAUGUUUCAAAUGUAGACAAGUGAUUUAUCUAUAUUUAAUACUACAUUUGUUAGUUCUUGUACCUGAAAUUGUAAUCGUUGUUGUGUAUUUGUGUCGACCAGAUAUAGUAACCACAUUUGGUCGCGAUCUAUUCAAUUCAAGUAUUCAACAUUACGUCAGUUAUGAUUCACCAAAUAUACACAGUCAUGCUUUAAAUCAAAUCAUGAUACAGUUACAAUGUUGUGGUCUUAACAAUGGAAGUGAUUUUGCUCCUGCAAAAUUUACAAGACAGAAUAUUGUAUUUAAUGGUGAACGAUGGUAUGAAUUUAAAUAUCCAGUCAGUUGUUGUAAAAAGAGUAAAAGUCAAGAACUAAUAACAGAUAAUGGAUGUCCUGGUCAAUUUACUUUGGAAAAUAGUAAUAUACAUAUAGGAUGUUGGACAAAAAUCAAAAGUUAUAUAAUGCUAUACGGUAAUUUAACGGCAUAUACAUUAUGUGGAAUAGUAGGAUUGCAGAUUCUAUUAAUACUGUUUGUUUUAACUAGUAUACGUACAAAGCGAAAAAUCAAACCAGUUUGA